CGUCGUCUUAUUGGACGGCUAGUGUAUUAAGAAUAGGUGUCUGAAGGAAUUAUUGGAAGAGCAUCGGUGCAUUAUUGGACAAUAUCAAUUUACAAGUGUUUAGAUUGUAGACGCGCGAUGGAGUCAGGCAUACCAGCAGACAGUCCCAAUUUGGUCCUAUUAUUUUUCCUCGCCCAACUUUUCCUUCGAGAACUUUACAAGAGCAAGAAUUUGAUUCGCAUCGUGCCAAUGGACAUGACAGGAUAUUUUGAGAGCAAAUCGGGGCCAUCGAAUAUUGGGAACGUCAUUACUCAAAUCCUAUUGUGCAAACAAAUUACGCUGGACUUCAACGAAGAGGAACUUUGCAGUAUUCAAAAAGAUUCCGAAGAAAUAAGAGCCCUUAUAAACGAGUUGCAAGAAUUUAUGCCACAAUCAGAAGCUGACACUGAAAGACCCGUUGCUCUUCAAGAGGCAGCUAGUCGUGUCAAUCGCAGUAAUGGAAACCGGAAGGCCUAUCGAUGGGAAAAUAGAUCCAGAGAUCCAUCUUAUAUUGGCGGAACCUUCAGCUUUUUGUGCUGCACUGCUCGACCCAACUACGUUUAAGGGGGUAAACUUUCCUCCUUUCUCAUUAUUAAAAAGGUCUAUCACGAAACUCGGUUAUAAGUCCCUCCUUAGAGAAUUAAUUACAAAGGCGGCCAUUUAACGAGG